UGGCGUGAAAAGUAAUCGGGAUGCAGCGAGUGCACACACUAGCGCACAUGCAAUUUCUUCUUCACCGCGUUCCACGUUUACAUCUAUAUAUAUAUUUUUUUUUGCGAGGACAGUGCAGGAGAGAAGGUUGGCACUAUUGUGCUGAGAACGACGAGGACAGUGAGCUCAGCAAGGAGCAAUGAGCGCGAAAGCAAAAAAAAAUGCGAGCAGCACCGCAGAGUCGGGUGGCAAGGGGGUUCGCACGCAAGUGCCCGGAAUCUUGCGGUCAAGAGGUUGCUGUAUAAAACGUUUAACGGUGCCACUGCGCAUCACUUGCAACCGUCAGUGCCUUCUAGUCCUUGCCGCACUUUCAAGCCACUGGUAGAAGUGAAAGCCACAGCUCUUGGAAGCAAGAGUCAGCAGAUCUGCAGUGUGUGCUCGUGUCAGUGUCCGAAGGUUUACCCCCACUCCGACUCAUCAUGCCUACCGCGGCCGCUAUAAUUGCUCAGCUCUUCGUGAUCUCCAUGCUACCCAUCGCUCUCGCCGGUGGUCAAUUCGGAUUCGGUGGUGGAUUCGGCGGUGGGCUUGGGCACCACGGUGCGUUCGGCCCUUCGUUCGCAGCCACGUCCGCGCGGCAAGAACUGUAUUACCCACCACAGCCCUACAGCUUCGGAUACGACAACGCUGACGCCUACGGCACAAAAUCCUUCCACAAGGAGCAAGGUGACGCAUCGAAUACGAAGACGGGCGCCUACGGAUACACCGACGCCAAUGGCAUCUUCCGCCAGGUGAAGUACAUCGCCGACGCCGGUGGUUUUCGUGCCAAGGUUGAAACCAACGAGCCUGGAACCGAGCCCGGAGCCAGCGCUGACGCAAUCUACAAUGCGAGGCCACUUCCUGCUGGCCAGCAAUACCGUGUCAUCGGCGGCUCCUCGCCUUACUCGGCUCCGUACACGAGCGCCUCUACGUACGGCCCCGGAUACGGCAAUCCUUGGUCUGGCUAGUCAGGCGUGUGAUAAUGUGACCCGUGUGCGAACAUUUGCUGCAUCUUCGGUCAUUCUUACACAGUGAAGAAAACAGGCACGAAAACAGCACUAGGAAGCCGGUGUGCACAGUGCAAGGAGUCAAGAAGUGAAUAAACUUUGGAAUGCAUGAGA